GGCCGCUCCCGGGGUUUGAACCUGGGACCUUUCGGUCUCCAGAUCAGUGCUUUAACGCACUUUGCCACCGGGGCAACAUAAACGGGCUGGCAGAACGUUUGAUAAGUGAAUAUGUUGGAUAACAAGGAGAGAUUACGGAGAAGCCUAUUAGACAUCAAAUUAGGUUAUGAUUUUACAAAUUAAGCACCAAAACAUCAUGUUAUACAACAAAUUUGACAGAAAAAGUAGUUCAAUACGCAGUAAUGGUAUGUAGUAAUUACUGUAUUUACGAAUUUAGCACCAAAAUAUCACGAUGUAUUAAAACAUUGACUACAAAAAUGCGUUGGAUAAUCCAGAACGUUAGAUAAGUAAAUGUUGGAUAAAUGAGACUCUACUGUACAACAGUUAAGACAUAUUACAAUAAAUAAAAAACAAUAAAAUCAUUAUAAAAACAAUAUGUUACAUUGAUCAUAAAAACGCAUUAAAAGCACAACAUGAGUAAAAACAAAACCAAAUGAAAUGAACCACCAGGUUGAUGGAGGGGGAUGGUGUGGAGGGGACAUUUAAACUAAAGUACAGUAAUAUAGUUAUAAAGUGCUGUGGGGCAAACGACAAGAUGGAAAAAUGUCUUAACCAUUUGAAGGGGAUGGACGUCCGGUUAAUUAUAGAGAGGGAACACAACCUCUGAGGGUACCUGCCAUAGAUGUGGGUGAAAUGUCAGGAGAGAAUGCUUCUGUAACUUGACAAUACAGCCCAGAAAACUCACAGCAACCCAGUGAUUCCGGCCAUGAAAGUCUUCCACAGGCCUCAAACUGGUUCCUGGAUUUUCUGUGUAAUCCUCUGACUUCCAAUACCGGUUUGAAACUGCAUUAAAUAGUCAAUAUCAGGGACACUUGGGCAUCUUGAGUAUUCUAACAAGUUUGGUCCAGAUCCAUCAUUGUCUAAGUCCACAGUGUUCUCUGGAUGUAGGUGAACUACAAUGCCAAAAUUCAAAGUCAGUUCCCACCAAACUCUUCCAGUAUUUUCUGUUGGUCAUGGGAGUUCUGUGUGCCAAGUUUGGUUCAAUUCCAUCAUUGGUGGAGUUCAGAAUGCGCUUUGAUUGUAGGUAAACUAUAAAUCCCAGAAACUACAACUCCCGAAUGACAAAAUCAAUCCCCUCAACCCCACCAGUAUUCAAAUUUGGGCAUACUGGGUAUUUGUGCCAAAUUUGGCCCAGCUGAUGAAAAUACAUCCUGCAAAUCAGGUAUUUCUACUACUUUCCUACAAGUGCCAAAAAUAUUGAAUAAAACAUUUCUGCACUAAACAUUAAUUGUGAAGUUUUUCAAAAGACCUUAGAAAUAAUUUCAGGAUUAUUUCUGUGCUUUCCUCCAAGAUGUUGAUUGCACCAUAUGAGCAGCUUCAGUUUUCUCUCUCCAAGUCAGUUACACAACUUUUUGGAAAAUACCAGAAUUGAAAUUAGCUAAACCUAUGACUGAACCUAAAUUACACGUGGCCACACCUUCCUGAGCAAUGUGUGGAGGCAGGAUCCAGUAGCAGCAGCUCUCAAGUUAACUGUAGGAGCAGUCUAUCUUCUAUAGGAACAGCGAAGGAGAUCAUCCUACAAUCAGCACUCCACUUGGAUCAUGUAGUGGUUCUGGGCCCCAGAGCAGAAAAUGCCACCUCCAGCUACAUCCGGGCAAACUUCCUAAUGUACAUUGAAAUGGCAAUUGGCUCCCAUUCCUUUUUCUUUUUCUUGAUGCCACUUUUCAUCUCAGGUGCAUUACUACCAACCCCUCAGAACAUCACAAUUGUUUCCACCAAUAUGAAGCACUUUAUGUUUUGGAGCCCAGUGAUUGUUCCUGGAGAAAUUGUAAAAUAUUCUGUUGAAUAUCAAGGGGAGUUUGAGAGGGAAUAUGUCAAUCACAGCUGGAUUCCCAUUGGAGAGUGUACAGGAAUCCAGAUGACUCAGUGCAAUAUCACAGAAGACAUUGCUGCCACGGUGCCAUACAAGCUGCGUGUUAAAGCUGUUCUCGGGAUGCAGACCUCACAAUGGGGCACUCCUAAUGGCUUUUUCAACCGAGUUACAACCUCCCUCAUUCCACCUGUGUUGAGUGUUAUAGCAGAUGGAUAUCAUUUGCUCGUAGAGUUAGAGCAUCUUGGACCUGCCUUUGAAUUUAGGAUAUUUUACUGGAGAAAGGGCCAACAUGAGAUGCGACGCAAAGUGGUGAGAGACAGCAGCACAGCUGUACAUCUGGAGACCAUAGAAGCUGAAACUGAAUACUGUGUGAAAGCCCAAACAUAUGUUCAGGUCAUCAAUCGAAGCAGCAAUUUCAGUGAUGUGCAGUGUGUGAGAGCUGGAGAUGGCAAAGGAAUAUGGGUAACAUUUGCGCCACUCUUCUUGGUCAUAUUUAUCCUAUCCACUUUGUUGUUUCCUUGGGUUAUAUGGAAAAUCUGCCGGAUCUGCCAGUAUUCCUGUUGCCCAAAUGAAAACAUGCCAGACACUUUGAAACUAACAGGAUCACCUGCUAGGAUGCUAAAUUACAAGGGGGAGGAGAUCGAGAAGUGCGAUGAGUUUGUGCAAGUCCUGCCCCCUGAAGAGUUUUUACUCCUUUUGGAUUCAUGAAAACCUUUCACAUCAUACGCAUGACACAAACUGCAAAAUAAGAGCUCAGUCUCUACCUUCAUCUUUGCAAAGCCAAGCUGGGCACACACAACUUUUCUGUAUGGGAAGGAUCAGGUUGCUUUCUUUGAAAGAAAAAGUGCCACAUGGUAAAUCAGGCCAUAGUUCCUGUGCACAAGAUUUUAGGAGGAAAGUCGGAGCAAAUCCAUUAUCUCCAGUUGAUAAAGAAUAGGAGCUACCGUAAGAAUAAAACAUACACUGUUCAUAAAUAUUUGUUGUCAUCUGCUGAACUAAGAUGUUGGGAUGUUGGUAGUUCAGUAUGGCAGUGUUUUGUAUACAGAAGAAUAGUCUUGGUAGAAGAUAAAUGUCAAAAUCCAUAUUGAUGUUGAUUUUGAAAGACAGAUCUCUGGCAGUGAGCAAGAGAUAGACAUCUAGGGAUCGAGUGCAGGUUGUGAAGAACAUAAUUUGCAUACAUAUCAUGCAGGUUCAGUUCUUUGCAUACACAUAUAAAGGGAUCACAUAGCAGGUGAUGUAAAAAAGAUCUUGUCAGAGAUUAUGGAGAGUUAGUGACUGGGGUAAAUGGGGUAGAGUUCAAAUUAGUAUAAAACAGCCUCCCAUAUUCUGCAUAGCUAAGAUUUCCAGCAAGCUGCAUGUAGAUUAAUAUUCUUCAUAGGCAUUCUUCCAUAGCAGACAAAAAUACUGUUUGGAAAUGGGAUAUUUUAUUGAUGAACUCAUGUGGACACUGCGUAACCUUCAUGUGUAAACUGGUUUCAACAGACAGAAAAGGUCAUUAUUACAUACAUUUAACUCUUGCAUAUUACAACCACAAGGAAGUAAAACAAAACUGAUCUUUACAAUAUUCACCAAUAAUUCCAAAUGGUCAGUUCAUAAUUGCUAGGCAAGGUGUUGUAUUCUAAGAAGUCCUAGUCAAAACCAGUACAAGAAAACCCCUCACUUUUAAUGCAUGGCUUUUGAAUCAAGUGUAGAAUUCGGCAGCAGGUGGAUUGUCUGCCUUGCAUUCAACAGUAACUUCUUGCUUUCCCAGCUUAAUUCUAGAUUCUUCAGAACUUUAUACACCCAGUUAUUGCUGUUGAUUGGCUUAAAAAUGAUAACAGCAUUUUCAAAUUGAUUUAAUCCACUUGGUACAGAACAGCAGUUAGGAACUUGAAAAUAAUUUCAAGUAAAACCUAUUUCUGGACCAGCGUUUACAUCAAAGGGUGGGAAGAUUUGAUCCUCCAAAUAUUUGGGUUACAGCUUCUAGAAUCAUUCAACACUGACCAUGUAGACAGGCUCUGAUAAUUGUAGGCAAAAACAUCCAGAGUCCCAAACAGUUUUUAAGGAAAAUGUAUAGAAAUUUGGUAUGGGAUUUAAAAAAAAAAACAUUGAUAUGCUUGGAAAAUACGUUUGUAAAACUGAAAUGUGUGAAUAUGUGAUGUGGUUGUUGUUGUGUGCCCUUAAGUCAUUUCCAGUUUACAGUGACCCUAACACAAACCUGCUGUGGGAUUUGCCCAGAAGUGGUUUACCAUUGCUUUUGAUAAUCAGUACACAAACGAUCACCCACAAAUCUGUUUCAUAUAUUUUUUGGUGUCAGUCAAUAAACAACUGUAAUGUCUUAA